UCCUGUCCUCUCUUCUUUCUCUCCUCACUACACAGCAUGGACCCUGAAACCUCUGAACAAGAUGAUGAAAAGAAGUACACUCCUGUCUUUGUUGGCAGAGAAGAUGACAUUAGAAAGUCAGAAAGAAUGACAGCUGUUGUCCAUGACAGAGAAGUGGUCAUUUUCUACCAUAAAGGCGAAUAUCAUGCUAUGGACAUUCGCUGCUACCAUUCUGGAGGACCCUUACACUUGGGAGAAAUUGAGGAUUUCAAUGGACAAUCAUGUAUAGUUUGUCCCUGGCAUAAGUACAAAAUCACUUUGGCAACAGGAGAAGGAUUAUACCAGUCUAUAAACCCUAAAGACCCAUCAGCAAAGCCGAAGUGGUGCUCCAAAGGAGUAAAGCAAAGGAUUCAUGCCGUGACAGUGGAUAAUGGCAAUAUAAGCAUGGGCAUGCGUCAUGCCUUUGAAUCUGGCUGCACAGCUACAGGACACAAGCACACAGGAAAAGGGCAGGAAAAAGCAGGCACCUCCCCUCCCCCAACAAAGUGCGCAUAGUGGAAGGCCUGUGUGGGGUGUGGAGCAAGCCGCAUGUCACAAAACAGAAGAGGCAUCUGUGUGAGAAAGCAUACUUUGUUUCACUACAUACUUCUUCCAGAUUUAUUCUCCCAUAAAAAGACAAAAUCAGUUUCAAAAUGUAUUGUGUAAAUGAGGAUGCAGGCAGUCUUGAUGAGACUUGAUAGGCUGGGGUCAGUCAGUAGGGGAAGAGGGCUCCCCCUUUCUGAGGACUAGG